GCUGCCCAAACCGGAAGUUUAGCUGUUGUUGUCACACUGGAAGAAAAUGGCUGCCGCUCCGACUUUUUUUCAAUGAAGACACUGAUAUUUCCAUUUCAUUUCGUUUUGUUGCAUCGGAGCUACAGUCGACCGCUAUGCAAUCCCGCAGAAUGUUGUGUCUCCACUGUGCUGCAGAUUGUGAAUGGUCACUAUAGGAAGGUGACAGUGUGGGGCAGAAAGGACAGCAUCGUCACUCGCCUUGCAGCUGGCGGUGGAUCACAAUGCAACAAGUAUUGGAAUAUGCAUUGGAUCGAGCCGAGUACAUUGUUGAAGGAGCUCGACAACGGCCAGCCAGAAAAAGAAUCUCUUCCGGCGGGAGAAAAAGUCUGUACCAAAAGCUCUAUGAGCUGUAUCUAGAGGAAUGUGAGAAGGAGCCAGAGUUGAAGAAUUUAAGAAGAAAUGUGAAUCUACUGGAGAAGUUGGUAUCUCAGGAGUCAGUGUCUUGUCUGGUGGUAAAUUUGUACCCUGGGAAUGAAGGCUAUUCUUUAAUGCUCAGGGGCAAAAAUGGAUCCGAUUCUGAAACAAUUCGUCUGCCAUAUGAAGAAGGUGAACUGCUGGAGUACCUGGAUGCUGAGGAGUUGCCCCCUGUUCUGGUGGAUCUGUUAGAAAAAUCACAGGUGAACAUCUUCCACUGUGGCUGUGUAGUAGUAGAAGUAAGAGACUACAGACAGUCAGGAAAUACCAAAAUGCCCACCUAUCAGAGCAGACACGUGCUGUUGAGGCCUACAAUGCAGACUCUAAUCUGUGAUAUCCAUGCCAUGACUAGUGACCACCACAAAUGGACACAGGAUGACAAACUACAGCUGGAGAGUCAGUUAAUUUUGGCCACAGCUGAACCUCUGUGUCUGGACCCGUCCAUCUCUGUCACCUGCACAGCCAACCGUCUGCUGUACAACAAGCAGAAAAUGAACACUCGCUCCAUGAAACGGUGUUUCAAGAGACACUCUCGAGCUGCACUGAACAGACAGCAGGAGUUGUCCCAUCUGCCCAUACCACCGCAGCUACGACUGUACGACUACCUGCAGCGAAGGAAGGAGAGGAAACCGGCUCCUGCCAUUGACCUGAAGAUCUCAAAGAUCGGAAACUGUGUAGACAUGUGGAAGCAGAACAACUGCCAACUAACUGUACCGAAGGAAAUUGAUGUGGAAAAAUACGCUGUGGUUGAGAAAUCGCUACAGCUGGAGGAUUCACAGCCCACGACUGUGAUCUGGCCCGCUGAGGAAGUAAUAGACGACUACACUUUUGAGUGUGAGGUUGGCGGCCAGGCACAGAGGACCAAGGUGUCCAUCUUCCAGUCCCUAGGAGAUCCACUGUUUUACGGGAAAAUCUACUGCGCUAAAGAACCAAAAGCAGAGGAGGACAACUCUGACCUGAAGCUCAUACAUCCACCCUUCCUUAUAGGCUCAAAGAUAGAUGCAGAUCGGUUUCUUACUCAGUACAAAGGAGUCUAUGAGAGAGAUGUCAACUGUCAGGUCAAAAUGUCCCAUAACUCAGGCAGCGUGGGACAGGGGCCUCCCUCCCCCAGCAAGGAUGAGGUAAAGGGUGAUGGCAUUGCGCCACUUGUCCAGACGUCUGUUUUGGGAAAAGGGGUGAAGCACAGACCCCCACCCAUCAAACUGCCUUCAGGAUCAGGCGGCAGCUCCUCAGGUAAUCCUUACAGUUCACAAAACACCAGUGGUCUGCUCAAGUGUCCUACGCCUCCUCCAGCCAAAAGCCAGGCUCUGAACAGGAAGCACUCCAUGGAGAUUGGUCAGGUGGGCCUACUGUCGCCUUCUUCACUGUCGCCCAUGGGAUGCACACAGAGAUCCGGUACCCCAAAGCCAUCCACCCCCACUCCCACCAACACACCCUGCUCCACACCUCACCCCUCUGACUCCCUGUCCACUCCUCUCUCAGUGACCCCUACCCCCUCAGAAACUCCCAUGGUUCAAAGCCAGUCGCAGCCCACCCUCCUCACGCCUUUCGCCCAGCAACAGCUGGCUCUCAGUCAGCCUCUGCCUGUCAUGACCAUUCCCCUGCCCACCAUGGGCACGUCCAUCACCACGGGAACCACCUCAUCGCAGGUCAUGGCCAACCCCGGGUUGAAUUUCAUCAACGUAGUCAGCUCAGUGUGCAGUCCCCAGACCUUAAUGAGUGGCUCGAACCCUAUGUUGGGAGCAGGCCUUAACCUGAGUGGAAUACUGCCAUCUGGAGGGUUAAUGCCCACCAUGCCAUCUGCAGCACAGCCAGGGAGUCAUUUUGGCCUGAACAGCAGCACUGGGUUGAGACCAUUAAACCUCCUGCAGAUCCCCACUGGUCCUCUCAUCUUUAACUCUCUGCAGCAGCAGCAUCAGCUGUCUCAGUUCUCCCCACAGCAGAGUCAGUCGGCCACGUCCAGUCCUCAGCAACAGGGCGAGACGGGCGAGCAGGGGUCAGAUCCAAGUUUAGGAAACCAGCAAACAGCAGUCAUCAACCUGGGAGUUGGAGGCUUCAUGUCGCCACAGGCAGCAGUUGCAAUUCUUGCAGCACCAAAUGCAGCAGCAGCAGCAGCAAAUGGCUAUGGGGGCAGCAGCUCCACAGGGGGGAGUGCCGCGGCCACAUAUCGCCAACCAGCCAAGAAGUAAGAGGAAGAGGAGCACGCCUCAGCCGCUCCCUAAGUCAUGACAGACUGAAAUCGUACUAAAAAAACAAAGCUACACCAGGACGUGAAUAAUUCAUACUGUGCUCUGUCUGCCUCACUGUGGACACUUCUUCAGACAAAGACAAAAAAAGACAUUUUCUGCCAUUUUGUCUGUCUUUUUCUAGCUGAAACAUUUGAACAAGAAGCCUUAUGCUGGAAGAACCUGAGACGUAUUUUUCUGAGAUGAAUCCAUGGUUCUCGUUAGUGACAGGUUUCUUUCCACAAAUCAUUUCUUCCGUCGGAAAUUCUUUUUUUUUUUCUUCUGCAGAGGCUGCGUGGACUGAGAUGAUCAUGAUGCAGCCUCUCAGAAGAUUCCCCAUGAACCUUCCUCAUCUCCCCGCCUCAGUUUGGUUGGUUGACCCUGGUAGAAACUGCCCUUUAAGCACCGAUCCCCACUCAGCUUUUUUGUCCACAUCGAAUCAUCCACAUCAAACCAUUACAUGUGAAAUGCAAAUCGGAUCUUGGAGUAAGUAGUGCCUGGGGGCAGCUCUCUACCUCUCAGUCUGUGAGAACAUUUUUUCACUUCUUUAUCUGUGGACAACUUUCCUGGCACAGGGCUCAACUGAGGUCUGAGAUCAGGUGAGAUGACAUACCUGCUUCUGGACAGCACAGUUUCUGAAAAAAAGGCAUUUCCCCUUUUUAAUGAGUUCAGGAGCCACGAGUGUAUUCUUACAGGACAUCAACAGAGUGUGUGUGUGUUUGCGUUUGCAAGCGUGUGUGUGCAUUGAGAGUGUGUGAAAAAAGAAGUUUCUGGACACUGAGAAAUAAUUUUUUAAGCAGUCUUUGUCAGCAGUUUUAUUGUUAUUAAAAAGAAUAUAUAUUGACAGUGGAAAAUACAGCUUUUAGAUAAAAAAACAAACAAACAAAA